UUAAAAACGGCAACAAGCAGUGCAGAACAAAAGAAAACGGCAAACCACAGCCGAAAGAAAAGUGAAUUCCAUGCCAAAUACAAAGGGAAUACAAGUGAAGUGUUAUCAACACGCCAAAGCCAAAGCGAAGGCUAAAAGCUAAAAGUAAACAAGAACUUACAAGCCAAAUUAAUAUACAAUCCACAAGCAUAAACCUAAAACUCAUUUCGAGAGCACGCGUUAACGCAUCAAAAUUGCGAUCAGUACUAAUUUAAUUACGUGCGGGGCGUGCAGCAAUCAGAGCGAAGAAAUCAUUAUGAUAUUAUCCUACAGAUAUAUUUAUUCAGUUCUACUGACCACAAUUGCCAGCAUUAUGGUUGUGCUCAGCUCGGCUCCGCACAUGCAGCUGCCGGUGCGCAAAUGCACUGGACCUGCAGCACACAACAUGGCCAUGAGUCUGGCGACUUACGGUCUGCUGGAGAACCGCAUCAGCACACUGGAUGCACCGCAGCAGACACACUGGACGAAGAAGUUUCUGGCCAAACGGGAGGCGACACCGCAUUCGGCACCGUUCGUUGUCAGCAUACAGAUGAUGACACCGGAUCAGGGCCUGGUGCACUACUGUGCCGGCACUGUGAUCAACGAGCAUUGGAUUUUGACUGCAGCCCAUUGUCUCAGCUCACCGCAAUUGGUGGAAAAUUCGGUGAUUGUGGCCGGUAGCCACGAUAUACACAAUCGACGCGGCGAGGCGGGAAAUGUGCAGGUGCGUCACAUCGAUUACUAUGUGCGCCACGAGCUGUAUUUGGGCGGCGUGAAUCCCUACGAUAUUGCGUUGAUCUAUACCAAGAAACCGCUUGCCUUCGAUGAGUAUGUGCAGCCGGCAACGAUGCCAGAGCAGGAUGCUCAUCCGGAGGGCUAUGGCACGCUAUACGGCUGGGGCAACGUUUCAAUGACAGCGGUGCCCGACUAUCCGCACAAACUGCAACUCGCCAAUAUGCCCAUUUUGGAUAUGACACUAUGCGAGGAGAUUCUUGCCCGUUCCGGCUUGGAAUUGCACGAGACGAAUCUGUGCACAGGCCCACUGACCGGUGGCGUGAGCAUCUGCACCGCCGAUUCAGGCGGUCCACUUAUGCAGGAAUGCUGUGAACCGCAUUUGCAGCAGAGCAACGUCAUCAUUGGCAUAGUCUCCUGGGGCCGAUUGCCCUGCGGCCAGAAGAAUGCGCCCUCCGUGUUUGUGCGCGUCUCCGCGUUUACCGACUGGAUCAAUCAAAUUAUCAGCACGGCCACACAAUUUAUGUAGCGAGGAGGAUUAACACCACGGAGAGAGAUUUUCUGGAACGCAGCUCGAAUGUAAUAAAUCGAAAAAAAAACUAUCAAGCCUCACAAAAUAUCGAGAAAAAAAUGACUCGAACCAAACCAAAAAAAAAAAAAAACUAAACUAAUCUCAACAUUUAUUUAGUGAUAAUUAUAUACUGCCCCCCGUAAACUAAGCCAACUAAACUUAAGUCGCCAAAAUUGUUCCUAAUAAAAAACGAA